AUGUGCUGGAUAGCUUCAGCUCUUCUCGGUGUGGCGUUCCUGGGUGGCCCUCUGCGCGCCGAGGCAGGAUGGCAAGAACUCCAUGGGAGGGAUGCUGAUGGUGGGGAGCUGGCAGCGGCGCCCUUACAGCGGUAUGCUCUUGGCCCUCCCCCUGUAAAGCUUGACGAGACCAUCACAUACCCAGGGUAUGAUUGGUACGUAUCCCAUGGUACUCAGGCGGGGGGCAGCGGCGCAACAACAUUUACGGAAUCGCAACCCUUCACUUCCUACCAGGCCACCUUUGAACCCCCACAAUCUGUCCCCCCCGGAGGAUCGCUUCUGACCCUGGCUAAACUGUUGCAAGGCGCGGACCCACCGUUGCGUGCGGCGUUGCUGCGGCAUUUCUGUCAUUCCCUGGCACGUCUGAGGACGCGUCUUGUGGGACUGGACAGUGUUGAGAGGAAGGAGAAGCGCAUGAAGAAAAAGAAGAAGAAGAAGAAUGGGAAGCAUGACAAGAAUGAGCCACAAGACACUAUUGAGAUACGCAUUGGAGCGGUGUCUGCUCAGCUCGCUGGCGUUGUGGGAGCUGCUGAGGGCUAUUCGAAUUCGGGAAAGGCCUUGGCGAAGUUCCUGUUGGCGCCUUUCGGGAGGCUAUUUAAAGAAGCAGAGCAACUUCUGUCUGACGUUGCAUUGGAGGGCAACCCGGCGCUGAUGAUCACGGCGCUAAACAAGCUCGCUCCACCCCUUGUGCGAGGGCUGACUUAUCUGGAAUCUCCGGAGAGCCAAGGAGCAGCACGGAUUCUGGAGCCGGCUAGGGACAGUUUGUUGGAGAGAGCUAGGGAGAUUGACAACGUUCUGCUGGAAGCCCAGUCUGAUCUAGUCGGAGUGCUUCAUGCGUAUCCAAGAGACUUUGCGAGGGACGAACUCGAGGUAGAAAGGCAGCAAGCAGCCUUAGAGGGAGACCCUGAUCACGAGCAGUACAUCCCCCCGGUGCAUGGGGAAUGGAUGGAUGCAGCGAGUGCGAACGAUGAGAAACUACGGAGGCAAGCGCGCUUUGCCUUUUUAUUAUCUCUGUUGCUGACAAUUUCUACAGUGUUAACCGCCUUAACUCUCGCGUCGCCUUUGGCUUCCACUGGAAGGCAAGACAGUGGUGGCAGCGCAGGGAGUUCUCACCGCUGGAGGCAAGACAUGGAUGGAGGAAGCCGCUCUGGGGACGCAGGAAGCAGUGGCUCGGAGACGGGAAUGGGGGGAAGGGCGUUUAUGGAUGACGAAGGGACGGCAUUCCAAGACACUCUCAGACGGCAUCGACGAUGGAUUCAAGAGCAGCGGGAAGCAGCUAGUCAAGCCUUUGCCGAGCACAGUGAUAUAGGUGAACCAUGGGGAGAGCCAUUCCCUCGCUCGCCGCAUGCGGGGGGGCACUUUAUAGUUGAACCCGGAUCACCCGUUGUACCCGAGGUGCUCCCGCCGCACUUCGUGGAGCCGCACAGCGUUCCGCCAUUGCCUUCAGCCCCUCCACUAGGACCCCCAUUCGUGCGAGUGCCGCGAGUGCCCCCACCUCCGAGCUAUGAGGAGGCAAUGAGGGACAUUGGCAGACCGCAGUGA